AUUGUGCAAUCAGAGCAAAGAGAGAGAGAGGGGGGGGACCGACAAAAAAAAGGAACCCUAAAGCACUUUAAUCAAAAUGCCUGUAAAACGCGCAUGCGUGCUAUAUAUAGUGUAGGAGAGGCGUUCUUGCCAGCGAGUGAGCGGGGUGAGCAAGUUAUUUAUUAAUUUGCAAGCGUCAUUAAGUCAUUCGGCAGCAAGGGCCGCGGCAAAAGCUCGCACGAGGGCACGGCCCGCACGGAGCGGACGAAAAUUUGUGCCGUGGGUUGUGCCGUGCGUUACGUCCCGCUGCGCCUCUUGACCCUGCCUCGCCGUGGCGUUUGCGCCGCACCCUGCGUCUUCAACUGCCCAGCGAUUCCAGUGGCCACACAUACGAAAUCACUCCACAACACAAUACCAACACUCACGCGCCACGUAUGACACGACGCAACCGCACAACUGCCAUCGCGAAAUCUCCUUCUACAACCGGUCGCCUCACAACACUCAAUACAAAUAUAACAAACCACGUGGUGGGCCAAACCAAUACGCAGCAACAACACGCGACUUCUGCACAUCGCACGUGCCACCCACCCCACGUACCACCACCACACGUGCCACCCACCCCACGUACAAUCGUACGUACCGCCAUCGCACGUACUGCCACAGCACGUACCAACGCCGCACGCGUCACUCGCCACAGGUACAAAUCGCACGUGCCACCACCGCACGUGCCUCCGACCGUGCCACAGCAGGGAGGGAGGAGCGUGCUGAGCAUUAGCGAGAUGAGCGAGGUGCUGAAGAGGAAGUUUGAGGAGGUGGAGGGCGGCUCGGGGCUCUCAUCCCCGAAAGACUCGGACGAUGACCUAUCGAGCAGCGACAGCGGGGACAGCGGGGACAGCGUCAACGCCCCGGCUGACGGACUCUUCCCACAGUCGUCGUCGUCCUCCUCAACGGCGGCGGGACCCUCGGCGUCGAAGCGCGCGCGCGGCAAGAACGUGCGCUUCGACCAGGUGACGGUGUACUACUUCUCGCGGCGGCAGGGCUUCACGAGCGUGCCCAGCCAGGGCGGCAGCACGCUGGGCAUGGCGAGCCGCCACGACCGCGUCGCCGUCUACUCGCUGGGCGAGUUCGCCCAGGAGCGCGAGCGUGCCCACCAGCACAUGCUGCGCCAGCACCUCAAGGAGGAGCGGCUCAACGCGCUGCGCCUCCAGCUGAUGCAGAGCGGUGCUCCCGAACCUGAGCACACGCACGGCCUAACGGUGGACGACAUCCCGGACGAGGAGGUGGACGCUCGCGCCCUGGACGUGGAUGACUACUUCUUCCUGCAGCCGCUGCCGACGCGCAAGCGGCGUGCCAUGCUGCGCGCGUCGGGCGUGCGCCGCAUCGACGGCGACGAGAAGCAGCAGCUGCGCGCCAUCCGCGUGUCGCGUGAGGAGUGCGGCUGCGACUGCCGCUCGCACUGCGACCCCGAGACGUGCGGCUGCAGCCAGGCCGGCAUCUCCUGCCAGGUGGACCGCCUGUCAUUCCCGUGCGGCUGCACGCUGGACGGCUGCGGAAACGCGUCGGGGCGCGUCGAGUUCAACCCGGUGCGCGUGCGAACGCACUUCAUCCACACCAUCAUGCGGCUCGAGCUGGAGAAGAAGGAGGCAGGCGUGCCGUACCUCGGUGGGGGUGACGCUGGGCAGCUCGUGCCGCCGCACGCCGACGCCGCGGACUCCUUCUCAGCCGACGCAGCCAGCGUCGCCGGGCUGAGCUGCGUGAUGGCUGCCAGCGAGGCUCGCAUGGCGCACCCCUUCCUCAGUGACGCGGCCAUCGUGCAGGAAGGAGAAUUUUUGCCCGCCUGCCCCGCGGCCGUUUCGAUGCACGCGGGCGCUAGCGACGGGGAGCUGCCACCGGACGCCCCGGCAACAGGUGGCUAUAGGAUCAUGCCGUUUUUUCAAGUGCCGGGCGCAGACGCCCAGGUCGAGAUUGCCAGCGACACGCCGCCUCCCCACGCCUUGGACUCCUCCAUGUUCAGUCUGCCGCCGUCCGACUGUGCGCCCGUCCGCAUCUUCCCCAGCGCGUCCUCCUCCCUGCCGAUGGCCGGCCUUUUCUCAAACGGGGACUUUGUGGCGGCGUGCGCGCCGACGUGUUUGCCAAACCAGGGCACAGCUCAUGCCGAGCUGCCCUUCAUAACGACCACCACCACCGUCGCCACCACCGCCGUCGCCUUGCAAGAAGUGCCAACGGUGCCGUUCCAGCUCGGCGAAACGCCCUCGCCUCCCGAGGACGGGGAGACUCCCGGCUCGCACGCCGCGCGGGAUUUUCCCCUCGCCCUGGUCACGGAAAAGUUCGCCGAGCCGGUACACGAGCCCGCGUCGGCGCCAAUGCGCGACGGCGCGGGAGAGGACGUGGCGCCACGCGCGUCCAUGGCGGAGGAAUUGGAGGGCUCCCCUCCGGCUCUUCACGUCUGCCAGGUGGAUGCGCUCCCGGCGGAGCCCCUCGGCUCGGCCGAGCCGCCGAGCGCGAUCGACUUGAGGGAAGGGCUCUCCAUUGGCGGAGACGAGCGCCGGGGCGAGGGCGAGCCGUCCGCGAGUGCGCCGGACGGUGGCACGGCGUGCGAACAGCAGCCGCCCGCCACAUGGCGAAGGGCGGGAGACGGGCGCGGUCAGGUUUCUCUGCCGCCGGUUGCCAAAGAAGUUCGGGAUGAAGAGGCGGCGGUGUGUGAAGUGCAGGACGAGCCCGGCCCCGACAAGUUGCCUCUCACCACGAAGCCUAAGGAGGAUGUUUAACUGUGAGAAACCCAUUCCGAGCCCAACUAUGACUAUUGCAGCAGGCACUUCGAGCCAGAGGUAUUUAUUUCACUCGUGAGCUUUACACAGGGACAGCAAAGCGAUUCUCGCUGCUGCGAACUAAAGCGGAGAGCGAGAGAUGCGGUAGGCAUGACGAAUGGGGGCCAGUUAGAAAUCCACGGAAGUGCUCAUCCGGUAGUGGCGUGUCCACGUGUGGUCUCUGCGUAGGUUUAAUUGUCGUUAUGGAGAUUGUUGGCUCUGGUUAAAUCUUGCACAUGGUUACAUUUUAAACAAAUCAUUUUGUUCGCUGCUUCUGUGGAUUUCUAUUGCCUCUAAAGGAGACCGUGUGAGAAAUCCACACUCUUGAGCUUAUUUUGGAGCCGUCCAAUGUUACGUGAAAAAAAAUUGUAAUAAUGAACCACGUGGUGUUCAUAUAUAAAGGAAAAAAAUAGAAAUAUUUACUGGCGUGUGGUAUUUAUAGAGUUUUAUCUUGAAAUACCUACCGUUGGGAGUGACAGCACACCAGGGGGCGCUUUAAAUGGAAAACUUGAAAUAUUUUAGAAAGUUUCCGAGUGCUGGGUGAGGCGUAUAACGUGCGCUGUUUUGAGCUGUUUAUGCUGCUCUCAUUGAGCAUCAACAGGGCCCACAACGUUACGCCUAUGCUAUUGACACGUGGGUGGUUUCCACGUAAAUGAUCAUGGGGAGGGAUCCCCCUUAGCUGUUUACAGCCCUCAGAUAGUGGUGGCCAUUCCACGUUUCUACAGUGGGGUGAGGGGCGAAUGAAUCCAUGAGAAAACUGUUUUCAAGUUGCUCAUAAAAUGCACAUUUUUAUUCCCCUACAGCUGUGCAUACGGAAAAUUAAAAUUAACUCUUAUACGACACUAAAUGACAAUUUUGUGAAUUGAAUUUUAACCUUGUGAGAGCCAUUGAGUUUCAUGUUUUAUGUUACAAUAUUGUGCAGUUUUGCAGUAUAAACGAUGAUAAAUAAACCGUUUUUUUUAAUCCCACUGUGAAAUUUAGAGGAAAACAUAACACUGGCAGUCAGUGUCUAAUGUUUGCCUAUCAUGAAAAAGUUAUUAAUGUAUACUUCACAUCGUUAGGAGGUGCACUUUAGUCAUGACAUGAAAUCACUGUUUACACCGACUGCUCCGCUGUUCAGACGCCUUGUAAUUGGUGAAAUUGGUCGCGUUGUAAAAAAAAGUAUCGAGAAAAAAGGAUGAAUAUGCUUUUUUGGUUUUCUGACGAAAGGAAUUUGUGAUUAAGCUUAAUUAUUUUAGUUGUAGUAUUUAAAAAUGCUGUAAUGUAAAAAAAAAAACUACAUACCAUUAUGCCUCACCCAGUACAUUUGAAAGUGAAACUCUUUUUAAUCAGCAACGGUUUAUAAAUGACUGGUACCUGAACAUUUUCAUUUUAAAUGAAGGAGUGGUAAAUGACGAUUUAAGCCACGCAGUCAGUGUUUAGAUCAAAUUUUUAACUAUUUAACUGCUUUUAUGGAAGUAUUUGCAACACCAUUUCAGCUGCUGUAUGUAAAAAAAGACCCAUUUUAGACUCGCUAUAUAUGGCAGUAAUAUAAUGAAAGCGUAUUUAUUUCAUUAUAUGGUUUUUCUUUUAUAUAUACCAAUUUAUGAUUUGUAUUAUUGUUAAUUAAGUUUGCUCAAGUGCAACUUGCGUUCGUGUUAUUGUUUUCCAUGGCAUGUGAGCGCUUUACGUGUUUGAGCAGAGUACAGUGCAGUCGUUGGGCAUAUUGUGAUAAGUAUUGCACUGACUACGUUUUAAUAUCACUAUUGUUGGUGAAAGCUGGAACAAGUGAUGUCAACUGAAGCUAUCAUUGUCAAUAAAAGCAGUGAAACGAAA